UAACUUCUGUGCAUCGAACGAGUAAUUCGUGUAGCCAAUCAGUUGCCGGAGGUAACAAGUAGUCGGGAAGUGAUUGGCUACACUUCUAUUGCGAUUGCAUAUGAAAAUUAUUUGUUGCAAUAUUCACACUUUAUGGGCCGGUUGUUCCAACUAUCUUGGUAAACUUACCUAUCAGAUAAAUAUAUGUUCGUCUUUAUUUAUUUAAGAAAAAAAAUGAAGAUAGACACAUGCUUAUCUGGCAGGUAAAAGUUUACCAAGAAAAGUUGGAACAACCGGCCCUAGGUGUGUUCAAAUUUUCCAAUUGGACUGAACACCUAUCGCACAAGAAAAGAUCCAUUCUACAUAAUACAUAAUUCACGUCUAUAAUUCAGGCCAGAAUUUACAUGCUGUGUGAUAAAAUUAUUUUUUUUAAUUUAAAAAAAUGUAAAAAAUUAAAUACAUAUAUAAAGCACAUAUUCAGAUACACGCGCGGUAUAUAAAAUAAUAAGUAAUUUACAUAGAAAUCUAGCAAGUAACUCAGCCAAUUGAAAUUAAUCGUUCAAUUAACUUAAUUAGAGAUUAGUGAAAUAACCUUAAAAAGUCUUCGCGCGUUUUACCCUUCACGGGAGAGGAACAGAGGGGAACUAAUCGGGGAUGUCAAGUAAUAGUUUUUUAAUCCUAUAAUUUGAAAGAUACAAAGAAGACCGUUCGUAAUAAAAGAUAAAGAAUGAUGUUCCUUAACAGCAGAAAGAUGAACUAGCUCGCACAAGCAAGUUUACGACCGUACGUAGAGGAGAUGCGCAAAGUGCAUCUCGCGUGCGCGAGUAGACAGGGCUACCCAACACGCUCAGGUGCGUCAAACUCCGCGCUGCCUAACGAGAGAAAGAGAGAGAGAGAGAGAGAGAGAGAGACAGAAUCGCGCGUGUCGCGAAGGGUCAGUCAGCAAGCGAGCGAGAAGGACGAAGAGAGAAGGAGAAGUAGAAAAGCUCAGUCCGUACGUUUCAUCACGUUUUAUCGGGCCGAGGACCGCGAGCCAUCAGCGGUGACGAAACGACAGCGGGACGUUCGAGAGAGGACGAUCAGUUCGAUAGCUCGAUAGUGAAUCGGGCUCGUCGGGACGCCGCGCCGUUGCGCACCAUCGCUGGACGUUUUACAAAAGUUACGCGAUCCCUGGCAGAGGUAGAGAAAGAAAUCGCAACGUAACUGAAUAAUAAGGGUCUAAAGGUUCUAACGCAGGAGAGAUAGAACGAGCGAGGAGAGGGACAAAGAAGGCGAGAAGAGAAUAGAGGCGUGGAGAAAGAGGAAGACAGAGGCAACGAAGUAAAAGCGAGAAGAAAGAUUCGCGCUGGAGCUUCGGACGUAGCGUGCAAUUAUAGGGGAUCGUUUCAACGGCGCUCUACACGAAAAAUCCUACGGCUAAGGUUAUCCUCGAUGGAUCGUCGUCGCGCGGGUAACCCAACCUAAAAAAAUAAAAAAAUAAAAAAAAAGAAGCGCCGAGAAGGGCCUUCGAGGUUAUGUGUUGCCGCUGAGGGGGGGCCGCACGACGUUGUCGCGCGAGACCGAGAGGUCGGAGCGAGAGAAAGAGAGGGACCGCAUCGCAUAAGUCCGAAGUGUCUGAAUGCGACGGCUUUCGGGAUCCCACCUGAGGAUGCAGUAUCGAUAACGCCGUACCGGGGAUCGGUAUCGAUCCAACGACAAGAGUCUCGCGUUCGCACGACGAGAGGAUGCGUCCUUGCGCGACGAUCCAUAGUGAAGUUGUCACGGCUCUAACGUGAUUACGCGCGUACGAUGAGAGAGAGAGGAAUCGCUGAGGGAUGCUCGGUAAUAAAUUGGUAAAGCUAGUCUGUAAAAGCACAAUUAUUUUGCAGUCACUGUACGAUCUCGAUCAUGUAAUCGUCGCCGCGUCUCUGAUUAAGAGAAGCGUAUACCUAUUAGGCACUUAACGUUUUGACAACGAAAUCUUCGCUAUUUUUGUAAUUGAAGUUUUAUUUUAAGUGAUGGACAGAGUGAUGUACAGCAGUUGUGCUACACCGGUUUACUAUUUAAUUUGUGUAAACACUUACUGGUUUGUUUUUCGCGUUGAUAAACACGCUUUUCUCAAAAGAUAAGUUCAUGUGAAUGGAUGAUGCUCGGAGGCAAUGAACGGCAUGGAGAGGCAUGGUCAUGGACAUGGACAUUCACACGCGCACUCGCAUCGUCACCGUCAUUCCCAUGGCAGCUCUCAGAGCACGUCGCAGAACUCCUCGAGUCAGCCGUCGUCGAAACAUAGCCAUGGACACGUGACGCAUUCGCAAAAAGAUUCGGCUGUGCCACCAGCGACCCAGAAGACCCAGAGAAACUAUAAGCUGCUGGUCGAUCCGUUUUUAGUUAAGGGAGCCACAAAACUGUGCAGAUAUGAUGGAACGGUCCCAGGAGACCCGACGUAUCCACAGGUUCAGCCUCGAGAUCCCAGAUCGCAAUUGACGAGAAUCUGGACUCGACUCGAGCAACUUGAUCUACCUGUACCUAGAUUUAAAAUUGACUCCAAUUAUUGCGGGGAACCACCGCCGCUGGAAGUAACGUUUUGCCAUUUAAAUGACAAUAUCGAUAAGACAUUCUUGAUGAACAUGGUUCAGAAAUUCGGGUCUAUAGAAGAGCUUAUUAUUUAUUACCAUCCAUUAACCAACAAACAUCUUGGAAUAGCAAGAGUAGUGUUUGAGUCAACUAAGGCAUCCAAGGCGUGUGUAGAAAAAUUAAAUAAUACAUCUGUGAUGGGUAAAGUGUUGAGGGUUUUCUUGGAUCCCUUUGGGGAAGAAUGCAAGAAGAUGUUUGAGGAAUUGACCAUUGAGAAGAAACCUGAGAAGAAAGUAGAGAAGGAAAUCCCAAAGCCACCACCAGAGCCUGAGCCAGAAAAGCAUCAGACACCAGUGGAAAAGGCUUUGCCUGAGGAAAGGGAUGACUUUAGAAAUAGUAAAAAACCUAUUUUAAGUAUUGACAAGACCAGAGAGUCGUACGUAGAGAAUUCAAGAUAUAAUAAAUACAGAGACUAUCCUACGCCAAGUGGCAGCACAGGUAGUGAUUUGGGUUACGGAACAGCGCCCAGUGAACUGAAUUAUUCUAGUAAUUACUCUCAAAAUUCUACCCCGGCUACAAAUUACGACUUUUAUUAUAGCAGUUAUCAUCAACCUCCAAGUAGUUACUUACCUAACAUCCCACAGAACGUACCAUCGCAGAAUAUACCGAUUCAACAGAAUUCGAAUGUAUGGUGGGGCAAUAAUUCUGGAUCGACGACGACAUAUUCAACUUCGACCUCCGUCUGGCCGAUUCAACAACAUGCGACAAAUUUAGAUAGUGCUGCUUCUAAUGUGACACCGGUUAAUAAUAAAACAUCCAGUGCAAAGGUGCAGCAUCACACUCCUAAAAAGGAAAAGGAGAAUCAGACUACUACGGCAAAGAGUACACCACAUGAUUCCCCUGAUGAGACUCGUAAAACGUUAGAUUUAGAUACGAGGAUUGCCAUGUUAUUGAAAGACAAAGCUGGUGGAAUGGCACCUCCUUUUUUACAAUUUGGUAGUGACUCUGAGGACGACAAGAAAUCUCAGCCUGACAAUGAGAUACUGUCAGAGCCCCCCAGUCCUUUCCUCUCACAUGAGAUAUACAAACAGUGUUUUGACAAGGUGGUAGAGAGAAAUAAAGAAAGAAGAAAAGCUCACGAGAAUAGCAUCAGUCAGUUUUCCGUGGAUGAAGAUUUAGGUAGCGUCAUAAGUUCCAGUGAGGACGAGGCGUUGUUAGGGAGUUACAGUCCCGCGCCUGAUGACGACAAUGAACCAGAACCACCUAAGGAUCCACCCCCGCCUCCGCCACCCGACGACGACAGAAUGUCUCUGAGUCCUUUGAGUUCAGGAGACGAAAAAAUUGAGGAAGUAAUAGCACAGACUGAACCUCCGAAUCAAUUAUAUCCGGCAGCUGGUUACCCAGGACAUUUAACUCAUUAUCCCUCCAAUGACGUUUAUAAUUGGCCACGACCUGCACAGUAUCCUUAUCCUUAUGGAACAACUUACUUACAGAGCCAUUAUCAACCUACAACCGCGUCUUUUUCGGCCACAAUUGGAAAUCAUCAAGGCACAAAUUAUUAUUCUUCUUUUCAAUCUCGAUUACAUGCUAUGGCAAAUUAUAACAUCACAAAAGAUCCGCAGGGACCUACCAUUAAUGGAGUGUUAAGCAGAGUUGUAAAUGAACUAAAACAAAUUCUAAAGAAAGAUUUUAAUAAGAAGAUGAUAGAGAACACAGCAUUCAAAUUAUUCGAGGUUUGGUGGGACGAAAAGAAAUCGGAAAAGAAUCAAACUCAGGGUAGCAGUGAUAAUAUUGCUAAUAACACAGCAAAAGAGGACGUGAAACCUCAAGGAUUGUCAUCAUUGUUGGAGCAAGCGACGCCAUUAGGACUUAAUUAUGACGGCUUUGGUUUGGGUAUCAGAGCUAGUAUGCCAAAGAUGCCUUCAUUCAGGCGCAAGAUCAAGGCUCCAAGCCCAUUACCACAAGAUGAGGACAGCCGGCAGUCGGGCCACGCUGAUGUAGAAACAAUUGAAAGUGACAGCGAUUUAGAUGUACCACCUGUACAAAAAACGAAGAAACCAUUGACUUCUCUUCCGACCGUCUCAUCCUCAUCUACUACGUCUUCGUCGAUCGAAAGUAGUAGCGAGGACAUUAGUUCCAGUGAAUCUUCCGACAGUUCAAAUGAAAGUUCUGACGAAGAACCCUGCUUCGAGGAUGAGCAAGAUACAGAUAGUCGAAUGUCUGAUAACAGACCUUUGGCUUGUAACAGCGAGGAUCCUGAUAUAUUGAUGGAACUCGCAAUUCAAAGGUCUUUAGACUGUCCCACACCGACCGGCAGAGAAACGCCAGUGCCAGAUAUCAAAAUUAAAGAUCAAAAUUCGACUGAUUUCCCGCAGAUCGAUGAUGAAAAUCUGGAUAGUUCGUUAACUUCUUCUAUAAAAUACGAAAGCGUUAAAGAAGAGGAAAGAAUUACCGAGAAAAUGCCUGUAACGGAGAAAAAACUGUUUGACGUGUGUAGAACCUUGGACAAAGAAGAUGUGCCAAGGAUCACUGAAGAUAAAGGAACGCAGAGCGAUGUACAACCUGCACCAAUGGUGAUAACAUUGGCAAUAAAGAAAGAGACGUUACCGGAUAAAGAGAGUUCGGCAGCGGAAGCUCUAAUAACGUUAGCUGGACAGGAUAAUAUUAUACGGCAUAGGAGUCCAGGUCCUAUACAGCCUAAUAUUAUCAGAGCGCUACAAACAAUGUCAGAAAAAUAUAUAAAUGACGAACCUAUUUUGAAGGAAAAUGAAAAGAUCGAAAUGUUUAGUGAAAUUCCUACGACUGACUCAGAGGAAGAGAGUUUAGAAAUUAGAAGACUAAGGUAUCAAGCAGAAACAGAACUUCGAUUGAAUGGACAGAGAACACCAAGUUCUCCUGGUUCUCAGGCUUCGCAAGUGUAUAUGGAACAUUCGUAUUCGUUACCACCUGCUCAACCAGAGCCUGUGGAUUCGGUGAUACGUGUACCAACCUCGAUGAAAGUAAAACAUUCAAAAAUGGUCAAAUUAACAAAGUCAAAAGACAAUACUCAUAAAAUUGAAAAACAGAAAUCUAAGAAAUAUACAAAAGUGCACAGCAGUCAUCAGAACCAUGUGGGAGAAAAGGAAAAUAUUCGAAAUGAUUAUAUGUAUGAAAAACUUCCUAAACAGGUUCCAGAACCGAUAGUCACGUACAAAGAACGAGAUCUUAUGUCAGAAAUGGCUAUUUUGUAUGAGUUUUUAACCAGAGGAAUAGACGCGGAGGACGUGGAGUACUUGAGACGAAGUUAUGAAGCUUUAUUAGCGGACGAUACUCAAGGUUACUGGUUGAACGAUACGCAUUGGGUCGAUCAUCCGCCAACGGAUGUACCGAGUCCCGCAAAAAAGAGGAAGCGAGACGAGCUGCGGUUGCACGCGAGUGGAAGCGCUAGAACGGAAGGAUAUUACAAAGUUGACAUCAGGGAGAAGGCUAAACAUAAACAUCAUUAUGCCCAAAGUAUACAGCGAAGCAACGACGUGGAAGACAGUGGCGGUUCUUAUAUUGGAGGUGAUGGUGUAAUGAAUGGUCCAAAGAAUAAUUCUAAAGCGUUGACCGGCAAGAUGCAAGCGUUGUCACGCGAGGCACGUAGCAAUCAACGUCGGUUGUUAACAGCUUUCGGAAUUGAUACAGACAGUGAUCUCCUUAAGUUUAAUCAAUUAAAGUUCCGUAAAAAACAAUUGAAAUUUGCUAAAUCUGGUAUUCACGAUUGGGGCUUGUUUGCCAUGGAACCAAUUGCGGCCGAUGAAAUGGUUAUCGAGUACGUUGGACAAAUGGUUAGACCAGUUGUAGCCGAUCUACGGGAAGCUCAAUACGAAGCUACUGGAAUCGGUAGUUCUUAUCUUUUCCGCAUCGAUUUAGAUACAAUUAUUGAUGCGACGAAGUGCGGUAAUUUGGCGAGGUUUAUUAAUCACAGUUGCAAUCCGAAUUGUUACGCAAAAGUAAUCACGAUCGAAAGCCAAAAGAAGAUCGUAAUCUACAGUAAACAACCAAUAGGAGUUAACGAGGAAAUUACUUAUGAUUAUAAAUUUCCAUUGGAGGAUGACAAAAUCCCUUGCCUUUGUGGAGCUCCUCAAUGCCGGGGUACCCUCAACUGAAUUGUUCAUUCUUUUUCCCGUCUUCUAUACUUCAUCAUACCCUACUCAUAUUUUUGUAAAUAUUUCCCCAUGUAAACAUUUUAUAAAAAUGCAAUGGAAAAUGCUAAAUUAUGUUAAGAUGCGUUCUUCCUACUUUAUUAUGAGACCUUCUCCGAGUGAUAUAGUGUGAUGUUGAGAUAAAUGUAUAAAUAAGUACCUAGGUAUGUAGAGUUAUUUUAUAGUGUCUCAUUUUUAUUUCUCAUAGACUGUUGAACAUGUUAACUGACUGAUAACAUGAAAAAAAUACAACUAAGGUUAUAAUUUGGUGCAAUUGUUGCAAUUAUAAACAAUGUAAAUAUUCUCUAUGUAUUAUAUAAAAGUGAUUUUUAAUUGUAA